UAGUCCAUACUCCAUACAUAAUGUAAUCCAUUUCACUUGUGUGGGUUCAUCUUUCCUUCUGCAAACUGAAAGCGGCAAGUAUGAGUGGCAGUGGUAGGAGCGAAGGAGUGGUGGUGAAUGCAAGUGAAGAAGAAGAAGAAUUCGUUUACAGAAUAAGCACCGCUGAGGAGUGGGAAGCGAUGCAGAGAAGUGGGACCAAUUUUGGCGGAGAACUUGACAAGUCCACUGGUUGCAUCCAUCUUAGUAAGCUCCACCAGGUACAGUCAACUUUGCAGAACUUCUUUCUGAACACUAAGAGGGACCUAUACCUGCUCCAAGUUGACACUAAAAAGCUUGGGGAUGGAUUGGUAUAUGAAGUUGUGGAUGGUUCAAAUGUCUUUCCCCAUUUCUAUGGCCCAUCUCGGAGUUAUAGUCCUCUUCCUUUGGAUGCGGUUACAAAAGCAGAGAAAUUGACUUUAUCAGGAAGGAAUAAAGUCAAGAGGCCCAAAAGAAGAGUAGAUUCAAAGUAUUGUGGUAGACAAAAUCAUUUCAUAUAAGAGGGUAAAAAUAUUUGAAAACGAUGCUGGUGAACGAACCUUCCUCAGUCCUCACCCUUCCGCAUAGUGGGAAAAUCUUUUCAUUUUCUUCAAUGAUAAAAAAGUGUAGUGUCAUGACUAGCUUGAAUUGUUUGCGUUGAAUUUAUUUUUAUUUAGAAGAUUAUUGAUUGUCUGAUUUUAAUUUUUUUGGUUAUUAUUAUGGAGGCCUCUUUCUUA